AUGGGUAUUUCUAGAGAUUCUCGUCACAAGCGUUCUGCUACUGGUGCCAAGAGAGCCCAAUUCAGAAAGAAGAGAAAGUUUGAGUUAGGUCGUCAAUCUGCCAACACCAAGAUUGGUGCUAAGAGAAUCCACACUGUCAGAACCAGAGGUGGUAACUUAAAAUUCAGAGCUUUGAGAAUUGAAACCGGUAACUUCUCAUGGGGUUCCGAAGGUGUAUCUCGUAAGACAAGAAUUGCCAAUGUUGUCUACCACCCUUCUAACAACGAAUUGGUUAGAACUAAUACUUUGACCAAGGCCGCUGUUGUCCAAAUCGAUGCCACUCCUUUCAGACAAUUUUACGAAACCCACUACGGUCAAUCUUUGGGUAAGAAGAAGGCUUCCGAAGAAGAACCAGCUCCAAAGUCCAGAAAGCUUCAAAGAAAGUUGGCUGGUAGAGCUUCUGCUGCUGUUGUUGAAUCCGGUUUGGAUUCUCAAUUCGGUUCUGGUAAGUUGUACGCUGUUAUCUCUUCCAGACCUGGUCAAUCCGGUAGAUGUGACGGUUACAUCUUGGAAGGUGAAGAAUUGGCUUUCUACUUGAGAAGAUUCUCCCACAAGAAAUAA